CACUUGUGAACUCAUGUUUGUGUGGAGCAGUUCACACAAGACCAGUCCAUGGUAACGCUUCGUGCCAUUCUGCGCCGCGCUGCUUGCCGUGGCCGAUAUCCCGGCACUCCUUUGCGCUGGCACACCCACUGCCCGGAGGUGCGGCUGCGGCCCGGUACGUCGCCCGAGGGCGCACGUCAUGCCUCGAGGCUCGCAGCACAACGCAGCGGCGUUGGUUUUGAAGACUUUGGGCUCCAUCCGCACACGCUGCGGGGCUUGCGGGAGGCCUUUCGCUUCCAGGAGGCGACGAAGGUCCAGGCGCAGGUGCUGCCGCAGCUUCUUGCGCCUGAAGCUCGAGGGAGCGACUUUGUGAUCCAUGCGAGGACAGGCACUGGCAAGACGCUCAGCUAUUUGAUCCCUGCCAUCGAGCAGGUGGUCAAGAAUCCUCCACCCGGGAUUGGGGUCUUAAUUGUGGCUCCAUCUCGAGAGCUGGUCCUCCAGAUCACCAAAGAUGCGGAGACACUUUGCUCCUACCACGCUCUUCAGAUUGUGCCACUCAUCGGGGGCAUCCGCAGAGACAAGGACGAGACAGCCAUCCGACGCCGGCGGCCAGCUGUGCUGGUGGGGACCUUGGCCAAGCUGAUCGAGCACUUCGAAGCCACGAAGCGUUUCGAGACUCUGUUUGAUGCCCUGGGGAUCUUGGUGCUGGAUGAGUGUGAUCGCUUACUUGCAGAAGAGUCAGCAGAAUCGCUUCAAACCUUCCUCCGAUUCUUGCCGGACCGCCCGGCCGGUCCCGCCCAGCGGCAGACGCUGCUGUUGAGCGCCACCGUGCCAGAGGAGGUGCGGGACCUUUGCUCCGCCUUAUGCCGACCCAACUGCCAAUGGUUGGACCUGGUGCAAGGCCUUCCAACUCAAGAGGCGGUGCUGCAAGAAGUGGCCUUUGCCCCUCCCUUGUUAAUGUGCACUGCCUUGAGGAAUGCAUUGGAACUGGAGAUUCGACAGAGGCCGAUCUCGCACAAGGUCAUGGUCUUCUUCCCGGCAGCGCGGGUAGCGGCUUUCGCUGCGGCCUUGUUCGAGGAGCAGCUGAACAUGAGGAUCUAUCAAAUCCAUUCUCGCUGCACUCCUAGUGCUCGGAUGCUAGCUCAAGAGGAGUUUUGCAAGACCUCGGCUGGAGUGCUGUUCACCUCGCAGUCGUCGGAGCGAGGCAUGGACUACCCCGAUGUGACCUUGGUCUUGCAGGUGAUGGCACCAAUGAGCCGGCAACAGUACAUCCAUCGGGUGGGCCGAACCGCCCGUGCGGGCAAAGAGGGAGAGGCCUUACUGCUGUUGCUGGACCACGAAGAGCCGUUCAUGUCGGAGAUCCAGGACCUUCCCAUCACCAGGUCGCGCGCCGCCGCGCAGCUGCUGAAUGACGAGGGCUCGCGUUUGGCGGCGCACGUGUCAUCGGCCCGGUGGGCCAAAGAGAGCAGCCUCACAACGUUGGCUGGGGCGGCCUUUGCCUCCUUAUUGCAACACUUGCAGCUCGAUAUCAGAACCCACUCGAGCAUGCUUGAAGUGGAGCGUUCAGGGCUUCAACCAACGGCUAAACAGAUGUUUGGAACGCAGUGGGGCGCCUAGCCAAAGCUUUUGAGUCUGAAUUCUGCAAGAUGCCUUGGAAGUGAGGCAAGAAAGGCAUAGAAUCAUAGACAGGCAAGACUUUGAGGCUGAUAACCGCGG